AUUUAGUAAAUACCAGUAAAUGCCGUAAAUACUUUGUCAUUGUAAAUCAUAGAACGGAAAGCCAGUAAAAAAAAAUUGUUAAUGGUUAACUGUAGAAAUGAGGUAAUUGGUUUCACAUUUGUGUCUUGGAUACUACAAGAAUUUUUUCUCUUCAACUCUUGGAACAUUUCUCCCUUAGAGCGAUAUAAGCCAUGAAUGUAGAGAAAAAAUAGCUAACAGUAUUAAAAAGCAUAGAAAUAAAAAAAGAAUAAAAAAGAAUGGCAAUGGAAAACAAAGACUUCAUUAUAAAGAAAGUCCUACAUGCUGGAACUAAGACCGUCGUUUUUGUACCUGGAACAAAAGUAAUAUUCCACUUUAGAUCAAUGAAAUGCAAUUCGGAGCAAACUGUCAUUGACGACACCAGAGCGUUGGGACGGCCCAUGGAGUUAGUCCUGGGUAAGAAGUUCAAGCUCGAAGUCUGGGAAGCAAUCGUACAGAAAAUGGCAUUGAACGAGGUCGCACAUUUCAGUAUCGAUAAGAGUUUACUCUCGGCAUAUCCAUUUGUAUCCAAAACCUUUCGGGAAAUCGACAAACCACGAUCAGAAAGACGUAGCCAUCAUUGCUGUGGAGUGACAUUGCAAAAUGAAGGAAUUGGAUAUGAUGAUUUAAAUGAUCUCGUUAAGAAUCCACAGGAUUUGGAAUUCAUAAUAGAAUUAUUAGAAGUGGUCCAACCCAACGAAUACGAUAAGGAGACAUGGCAAAUGACGGAAGAAGAAAGGUCUAAGAGCAUUCCUAUCUUAAAAGAGAAAGGAAACCUCUUAUUUAAAGAAAAGGAUUACACGGGUGCUGCCGAGGCAUAUGCAAAGGCGAUAGGGAUAGUGGAACAAUUAAUGCUCGCUGAAAAACCGAAUGACACAGAGUGGCUCGCAUUAAACAAGAUGAAAACUCCACUGCUACUGAAUUUUGCUCAGUGCAAGCUAUUGGAAAAGGACUAUUAUGCAGUUAUUGAACACUGUACGACUGUACUUAGAAGUGAACCAGAUAACAUCAAAGCACUUUUUCGGCGAGGUAAAGCACACAUGGGUGCAUGGAAUCAAACCGAAGCUAUUGCCGAUAUGUCCAGAGUUGUUAAAUUAGAUCCAUCGUUAGGGUCAUUAGUUAAUAAAGAGUUACAAGCUUUUGCCUCUCUUGUUAAAGACAAAGAUAAACUUCAAAAAGAAAAAUUCUCAAACAUAUUUGUAUAGAAAUGGAAUUUACAUUUUGCACAAUUAAAAUUAAGCAUACAUGGAUUUGAAUUCAGGCAUUACGUUAACCAGAUGCUUGGGUAAAAUAUGAGUGUAAUAUGUCUUAUUCAAUAUGUAAAUGUUUGAUGUGCACAGAUUUUCGCACUAAACAAAAAAAUAUUAAUUUUUUAA